AUGGUUUUUUCGGAAAUGAGGCAAAAUGGCCAACUACCUGCACCUGAAAAUAAAUUUGCACACUGGAUUCCAGGUCAGAAGGUCUAUGUCCAGCGUUCAUUUAUCCUCGAUUCCGGUGUGGAGAUGCACAAUGUCCCCGUGGCAUACAUGACAUGGGAUAAAGAGCGAUGGCCUGUACACCUUCGCCGAUCAGGAGGAGCUGGCCCGGUCGAUACCCUGCGCCACGCUGCGGGAGAUCAUGAGUGA